UCACACAGUGCGUACGCCAAACGUGUGUGUGUGAGAGAGUCCUACCCACGCUGCUUGCAACCGGUCUGAGCUUCCCACGCCGAAAAAAGAUGGAGAAAAAGAGCGAGAUCAACGGGCACGCCAUGCCCAGCUCGGCCUCCACCGACCAGAUCCUGGAGAAAAGCGCACAGAGGAGCUUCAGGGAGAAACUGAUGGAGUUUCUGAGCAAGAACCUCCUGGUGAUCAUGACCGUGUCCGGGGUCCUGGUGGGCGUCGGGUUGGGGAUGAUGGUCCGCAACAUGAACCUAACCAAGGCGCAGAUGACCUAUUUCGCCUUCCCCGGUGAGAUGCUCCUCCGGAUGCUGAAGAUGAUCAUCCUGCCCCUGGUGGUCUGCAGCCUGGUCUCCGGCGCCGCCAGCCUGGACACCCGCUCCUUGGGUAAACUGGGGGGCAUCGCUGUCGCCUACUUUUUGGUGACCACGCUGAUCGCCUCUGGGAUCGGGGUGGCCCUGGCUUUUAUCAUCAAACCCGGCGUGGGCGCGGGAGCCCUGAACACCAACCAUCUGGCACUGGAGACGGUCAGCAACAACAAGGAGACCGCAGACUCAUUCUUAGAUCUGGCCAGAAAUUUAUUCCCAGCAAAUUUAGUGGCUGCAGCUUUCCGUUCUUAUGCCACUGACUACAAGAUGGUCGCUAUUGGGAACGAUACCAAUGGAACCAUCCUCUAUCAGAAGGUUCCUGUUGGGACAGAAACAGAUGGCAUGAACAUCCUGGGAUUGGUCUUGUUUGCUAUGGUGUUUGGUGUGGCUCUGAGGAAGCUGGGAGAUGAGGGGGAGGAGCUUAUCCGCUUCUUCAACGCUUUCAACGAGGCCACCAUGGUGCUCGUGUCCUGGAUCAUGUGGUACAUCCCUUUCGGCAUCAUGUUCCUUGUGGGCAGUAAGAUUGUAGAGAUGGAGGACGUAGUUCUUCUGGUCACUAGUUUGGGAAAAUACAUCUUUGCUUCCAUACUGGGUCACAUUAUUCAUGGAGGCAUCAUUCUGCCGCUGAUCUACUUUGGCUUCACACGAAAAAACCCCUUCAGUUUCCUGUCUGGCCUCAUCACACCUUUUACCACCGCCUUCGCCACCUGCUCCAGUUCAGCGACUCUUCCCUCUAUGAUAAAAUGUGUUGAGGAGAACAACGGCGUGGACAAACGCAUCAGCCGCUUCAUCCUCCCCAUCGGCGCCACAGUCAACAUGGACGGAGCUGCCAUAUUCCAGUGCAUCGCUGCCGUGUUCAUCGCUCAGCUCAACAACCACGAGCUGAACGCCGGGCAGAUCUUCACCAUCCUGGUGACGGCCACAGCUUCCAGUGUUGGUGCAGCAGGCAUCCCCGCUGGUGGCAUCAUCACCAUCGCCAUCAUCCUGGAGGCCAUCGGCCUGCCGACCAACGACCUGUCCCUUAUGCUGGCUGUCGACUGGAUUGUUGAUCGUACCACCACAGUAGUCAACGUGGAGGGUGACGCUCUGGGCGCUGGAAUCCUCCACCACAUCAACCAACAAGAGAUGAAGAAGCAGCGGGAGCAGCAGGAGGACGAGCUGGCCGAGGUCCGGGUGGAGGCGGUCGCCAACACGCAGGCGGAACAGGAGACCUCGCCGCUCGUCACACAUCAAACCAAAGCUCAAGAGGCCACGCCGGAAGCCAUCGAGUCUGUCCUGUGAACUCAGCAAGACUAUGAAUCUUGCCUCUGACCUUGGAUCUCUGUACACGUCUGAUGUUGCUGCUGCUGAUGGGACUCGGUGUCCACUCGCUGUGUGUCAAGUGCCAUAUCUAGAGUUUCUUUAGAGCGUUGGCCGUCUACAGUGGACCUAGUGCUGCUGUUGUCCAAAAGUCACAUGGGCUUACAUCUAAAUUGCUGGGUUUCCAUUCUAUUUUUUAUAUUUUGAAACUCUAUAUUACAACAUUUUGUAACAAGCAGUGACACACGAUGUAUGUAAUUACCCCUUAAACAUUCCCAUAAUUGUUGUGUUUCUGUUUAUCUCAUAUAUGAGAUGCUCAUGGCCAAUAUUUUCUACAUUAUCAUAUAAAAAAGUACAUUUCUUUGUUGCUUUGUGGUUAUCUGCAGACAGCAUCCAACAUUAACUACAAACACUAAACCCUAACCAAACCUUAACUCUUAACUCUGGGCUGACAAUGGUUUCAUUGAGUUUAAGUUCUCUUAAACUCGAACAUUUUGAUUUCAGUAUUUUUCAGCUCUUUGGUUUCAGAUGUAUUUGUACUCAUCCGGAGGAGCUGUUUACAAGUUGUGGGGACACUUUGCUGACCGUCAGCAGAUAACGUCAAACAUUAACCCUUCAGAUGACAAGUUAGGCACCUGGCCUAAAUUUUUUUUUGGAUAAGCCUCUCAUAACCUACUUACACAUUUACCCACUGGCCCAAAAUGGUAAAGCAUUGAACGUUGAACCAUCCAAAAUCCUGUUUUUAACCUACAUGCUUACAUAGGGUUGACUGAAAGGCAUUACAUCUCGUCACUAAUCCCUGUUCAUCCUUAUGUAAACACAGCUUUGGGUUAUGUACAUAAUGAUCUAUAGUUGGGUGGAAAAGACCAAAUAACUGAAUAAAAACAGGAUCAGGUGCUAAUGUUAACAGUUUUUUCAGGUAUAAUCCUUAAAAUUUGUUUCACAAAUGUCUUUAAAGGGGUCAUAUUUUGCUAAACCCACUUUUCUUAGUCUUUAGUACAUUUAUUUGUUUAUUUGGACCCUAAUAGUUCAAAAAGUUUGAA